UCAAAGGCACCGGCUCCGCUUAACCCUCGGGUACAGGCCAAGCCCAAGUCCAAGAUCUCUGCAUCACGAAAACUGUCUCUUAAGAUCCUCCUGCUUCAAAGAGCCAUGGAGGAUCUGGAACAGGAGACGAUUAAUCGUGAUGAAGAGAAAGUGAGAUACCUGGGCGAGAAGCUUCCACCCCUUCAUUUAUCUGGUCUCUCAGUGGAGGAGCUACAAACACUGUGCCGGCAACUUCAUUCCAAAAUCGACGUAGUGGACGAGGAGAGAUACGACUUUGAGCAUAAAGUGGUUAAAAACAACAAAGAUAUCCAUGAGUUGAAGCUCAAGGUGCAAGAUUUAGGUGGCAAGUUUAAGAAGCCGGCCCUGAGGAAGGUCCGUGUGUCUGCUGAUGAGAUGAUGAGGGCUCUGCUGGGCUCCAAACACAAGGGCUCCAUGGACCUCAGGGCCAACCUCAAAUCUGUGAAGAAAGAGGACAUUAAACAAGAGAAGGUUAUAUCAUCAGAGGUGGGCGACUGGCGUAAAAAUGUCGAGGCUAUGUCAGGCAUGGAGGGCAGGAAGAAAAUGUUCGAUGCUGCUGGUGGCGGACAGUGAGCGGAUUGUAUAUGUGUUUAUAAUUGUGUAAAUGUUUCGCGGAUUUGUUAAUGUAUUAGAAACGAGGGCAUAGUGAAGGAAAAAGACUUAAUUUAACUGAAUGUAAAAAGAAAUAGUGAGAGAAGAUGUUUAAUGUUACUGUAAGGCACGCUUUAUAUCCAUUUUAGGUCAUUAAAAUUUUGGUGAUGCUACAA